CUACCGACAGAUUUCUCAUUCUUCCCGCUAUCAACGUCUCACCUUUUACUGGAACGACGCUAUCUGGCUGCGCCUUUUCAGUAGCCUGGGAGAUCAUCGCGGGAAAAGGAAUACCCUGAGGGAGUGCUGUAGUCAUGUCGAAGUAGAGCAAACCUGCUCAGGUCACUUCAGGAUGCGCUCUGAGAUGCUCGUUUUUAUGAUUUAUAUCAUUCCACCGCUGGGCGCCUAUGAUAUGGAUUCGAUUCAGAUGCUUGUUGCCUUCGGCGCGCGUUAUCUACAUUUCCGUGGUCCCAGUCUCGACGAUCAGUGUAUAGGGAGAGGCACCAGCCAUGUAUGCGCAAGCGGCGAAGAAUCGGAUCUUUUCCCAUUUAAUGACCCGACUCUUCCUCUCUGCCUCGAACCAAAGUACUCAUCUGGGCUAACCUUCCGAUUUUCAGCAGCGAUGUCGCUAUGAUGACGACUUCAGUCAGCAAGGUCGCUACCGUCAAACACGCCAACGACGGUUUUUUGUUCGCGUCCGUUGUCCCCAUUGUCUGCGAAGGCUGAGGAAAAU